UGCGUAGUACUGUACAAUACAGUCCUUCUUCAACUCCCUUUAUUUAAGGUCCCCCUACUGCCCCCCUGUGUUUAUUUACCCCUCCUCCUUGCACUACUGCAACUGUGGCACAAGAAUUUCGUGAUAUUGCGAAGUAUAUGCGACAAUAAAACUUGAAACUUGUUGUGUGCACCAUAGACGAUUUACACCGUAAAUAACAUGGUCUAGAACCCCGCAACAAUGAGUAGAACGCUUCGUGCUCUAGAUUUUUCGCUGCAUCUGUCACCGUGGUAACGCUUUGUUGUGGCAUUACUGUAGAUGAGGGAGAUUACCGUAAUGUGUGUCGGUGACCGUAGGUUUCCCACGAGGAGACGUACGAACAGACAUAAGAACACUCUGUAGUUCUCAGUAAGUGCUCUUUGUCGUCGCGGAUUUUAAGGGGGCAGUUUGUUCUUCGCACCGUCUCUAGAGAAGCGCUUCACUGACCUGAGAAAUGUUUGGUCCCCCGCUGGACUUUUCAUUUAAAUGUCUCAGUUCGAUGGCAGACGUGCUUGGUGAGGAGCCUAACACUGGGCUGCGUCCACUCAAGCGCUCUGCGGAGCGGAAGUUCUGCAGCCGAGCGUUGCGUCUGAACAACAACAUCAUCACGGAGCUGAGCGGCCUCCACAGCACUGUCCACGCCCUGCUCAGCCAACCACACCAGCUCGCCUGGCUGGACCUCUCCUUCAACGACAUCUCCCACAUAGACACGGCCCUGAUAGAGCUGGAGCAGCUGAGGGUGUUAUAUCUCCAUGGCAACAGCAUCAGCAGGCUGGGGGAGGUGGAUAAGCUGGGCUCGCUGCCAUGGUUACACACACUCACCCUGCACGGCAACACCCUGGAAACCGAGCAGGGAUACAGGGGUUACGUGAUUGCGGCGGUGCCCCAGCUGAAGAUGAUGGACUUCAGUGCGGUGACCAAUCAGGAGCGCCGCAUGGCUCGGAUCUGGCACCAGCCCGCACACCGCCACAAACCCACCAAGCCCAGCUCAGACACCUGAGGAUCGCCAUGGCAACGCGACACAACACCUCCAUCAUAGCAUUCCAUUCCUGGGCUGAGAACUGCUGAUUCAGAAUCGGAACACUGCGGGUGUGUGGUGAUGAGAGAGAAAGAGGCCCCAAUAAAGUACACUUCACCGGUC